CACCAAACACAAAACAAAAAAGGCAAAAAUUAAGAUGAUGAUGUUGAGCGGCGACCUUCCGAUUUCAUCUUUGAAGGCUUAAUCCAAGAACUGGAAAGUGGUCCAGCGAUGCCAUGAUCAUAUAAUCAAAUCCAGAAUACAGACGAACACCAAUUGGUUGGUUCAAUUUAGAUUCUAAGUUAAGUUAAUGGCGGAGUAGUGCUUUAAAUCGCCAUUGUUAAUGUUCUCUCUUUCUAUUGGCGUGGAGUUUUGUUUUGUUUGGUGCUUCGCUGUGGCUGUCUUUUCAAAUAUAUUGCUCUCUCUCUCUCUCUCUCUCUCGGGGAGUCGGCCGAUGCAUGGCGGCUGCCGGCAGGUAAUUCGCAUUUAUUGGCCGUUUUACGUCAGAGCCAGUACGGCGGCGCCACCGUGCGAGUUGAGAAGCUGUUUUCUGUCCUUGUUUGAGACGUGGAAUUGUCGGCUCGGCUGUUCCAUCGAGUGUUAAUGGAGCAGAGAGGGAAAUCGACUGCUGCAGGGACGAGCUUGUUGAACUCUGCUAUGCCGUCUCGCGGCGGGAGGGUUUCUUUGAGAGCUAUGGAGUCGCCGUCGCCAUCGCCGAAGCCGCUGGUUUCUGCGUCUGCCGUUCAAUCGACGCCUCAAUCUGUUGUUAAGAAGCAAAGUUCGAGAGUUAGCAGAUCUCUGGCGCUGAAUGCUCCGAAGAAGGGGAGGGAUGGUGAGAAUGUUGCAGUCUCGGCUCGAACGGUCAACCGCGGCGGUCUCAAGCAAGUUUCGCAGCGUCGUUCUUCUGGUACUGGUUCGUGUUCGAAGGUUGGUGACUGUACUGAAGCGAAGAGUGAAUUGCAGGAGAAGCUUUGUUUCGCUGAGGAUUUGAUUAAAGAUUUGCGGUCUCAAUUGCUGAUUCUGAAGGAGGAGUUGCAGAAGUCUCAGAGCUUGAACCUGGAACUUCAAUCGCAGAACGAUUUGCUCGUCCGUGACCUAGCCGCCGCGGAAACAAAGUUAGCAAACGCUAGUAAUAACGACCAGAAGGCCAAGAACACUCAGAAACUCGAAAAUGGAAAGUUGCAGGCCCAACCAUCGAGUUCGUGUCAGAAUGUUAGGGAUUUGGGGUGCAAGGCCCCGCCAACGCGGGCGGCACCGCCGCCACCGCCUCCGCCUCUUCCCCUCCAAUCCUUGCCCAGAGCAGUGACCACUCAGAAAUCUCCAGACCUCAUACGCCUCUUUCACUCGUUAAGAAAGAAAGAGGGGAAAAGAGAUCCUCCAUUGUUGGGGAAACCGGCUGUGAUUAAUGCGCAUAAUAGCAUUGUUGGGGAAAUUCAGAAUCGUUCUUCGCAUCUUUUAGCGAUAAGAGCAGACAUUGAAACUAAAGGAGAGUUCAUCAAUGGCCUCAUUGACAAGGUGCUUGUUGCAGCUUAUACGGACAUAGAGGACGUCCUCAAGUUUGUCGAUUGGCUUGAUUCCCAACUCUCAUCAUUGGCUGAUGAACGGGCUGUGCUAAAGCAUUUCAAGUGGCCUGAGAAGAAAGCCGAUGCCAUGCGAGAAGCGGCCAUCGAGUACCGUGCACUUAAACUGUUGGAAAAUGAGAUCUCUCUGUACAAGGAUGACACUUCUACUCCAUGUGAGGCAGCAUUGAAGAAGAUGGCGAGCUUGUUAGACAAGUCGGAGCGAGGUAUACAGCGGUUAAUCGGGCUUCGAAAUACAGUCAUGCAUUCUUAUCAGGAACUAAAACUACCAACAAAUUGGAUGCUCGAUUCCGGAAUCACGAGCAAGAUAAAGCAAGCUUCUAUUAAUCUAGCCAAGAUGUACAUGAAAAGGGUGAAAAUAGAGCUCGAUUCAAUUCGUAGUUCUGAUAAAGAAUCCAACCAGGAAUCUCUUCUACUUCAGGGCGUUCAUUUUGCUUACAGAACUCACCAGUUUGCUGGAGGUCUUGAUUCAGAAACACUGUGUGCUUUUGAGGAAAUAAAACAAUGGGUUCCAAAACAAGGAUGGAUUGUUGGCAUACCAUCAUCAUAAUCAAGUAACAAUAAUUCUGCCUGUUUAAGUUCUUAUUUUUGUAAAAUAUUGACUGUGUAUAUUUUAUUGAAAGUGGGAUGGGGGUAGCAAAAUAGGGUAGAUGUUCAUUACUAAUUGGUUUAUGUUAGUGAAGAGGUCUUCUCUUAGAGUUAUUUGGUUGCUUUGUAGUAGGGCUUAAGUAGAGAUGGUGUUUUAACUUUCAAAUGGUGGUUUUUAAAUUUUUUUUCAAAAUAGAAUUAGCUUCAUUUACUUGUUAUAGUUUAUAAAAGAAAAUAUUUAAUGUGUAACAAUAUCUUAGAUUCUAUUUGUCUUAAAUUUUGCAAGUUUAAAAAGACAUUGUUCUCUA